AUGAGGUUCUCGGAGCAAAACCUUCUCAGCCGGCGAGAUCUCCGGAAUGGAGACACCGAGGACCCCUUCAUUAAGACCUCCUACGUCUACACCGUCAGUUCUUGCAUGCUCCUGGUGGUCGUUUUCUUCGUGGUCCUCCCAGGCGCCCUGGUGCCUUACUUCCGAAAGGGUCUCAACGAAAGCAACGGUACCAUUAAGAGCUACGAAGUCAGGCCUACAUCUGCCAUUUCAGACAACACGCAAGUUCGGUACUUGUCGGACCUUCCGAAACUUGAAGACCAAGGCCGACUACGACAACAAGGAUUGCAGGGACCUCUCAUUCUGUGUCAGUUGAAUGCGGAAAGCUUUUCGCGACCGGAACCCUGGGCUUAUAGGGCGGAACACAUACCAACCGAGCACUGCACCCACGUGGUGUUUUCGAUGCCAGGCCUGAAAGACUGGUUUAAUGACCUUAUUAACUACGACGUGUACCACGUGGCUACACGACCGUUUUUUUGGCGUGCAGUCGAUCUGCUACUGGAGCGCAAGAACGCUCACCUCCUCGUCAGCGUAGGUGCGUUCGGCAACGUGACCAGUCUGAUGGCCGACGUUGCCAGCAGCGGUGACACUAUGGCGCGCUUCUCGCGCAACAUGGUGCGAUGGGUGCUUGGUAACAAGUUGGACGGCGCAUUGCUUGCUGGCGUGUUUCCGGCCCCUUCCAACAUGCGCAACGCCAUGGUAAAGUUGGUGAAGAAGCUCGGAACGUUAUUUCGCGUGCACCACAUCAUCUUGGGUCUUGUGGUUCAACCUCAAGCACAGCUUUUUCACACUCACGGCGCCGGGGUGAAGUUGGCACAUUUCGUGGAUCUUGUCGUUGUCAUGGUCAAUAACGAACCAUCAGUGCGAAGUGCGGCUGAGAGUGCUGUUAACAUCGGCAGUGCGAUUGAGGUCCUCCGUGAGUGUGGCGUACCAUCCUCCAAGUUGGUGCCCACCUUCAGCAUGGAGGUUAUCAUGUACAAGUUCUUUGACACGCCAGACUUCAUCAACACCACAUCUCCUGUGGCCUUACCUUACUACACCGUUUGCGAGCGGAUCCAGCAGGGAGGCUGGGAACUCAUGUUUGACUCCAGUACCCAUUCCAACUUCCUUCACAGAAAGCACGAGUGGAUAAACUUCGACGAUGCCAAGAGUAUUGCUGAGAAGAUGGAAGCUGUUCGCAACGAAUCGGUGGCUGGAAUCAUGCUGUGGGACAUCAGCAUCGACGACUUCAAAGGAGCAUGCGGGCCCGUUCACCCAAUCGUGGCCGCUGUGUACACCAGCCUCAUGACACCCGGGAAGAUGGCUGAACAGCCACCACUCACCGUCGCGCAGGAGGCUGAGAACAGCACUGCUGACCACCCUUGA